CUGAUGGAUUUUACCCGGAUACCGAGGAUCAUCUUACACCGGAUAGAUCUCCCACAGUGCUGGGUGUGUAAAGAGGAGGAGGUUCUCAAUGAAUUCAGCAACCAGGAGAGGAAGCCCACUUCAGGUAAAGAAGAACCAGAACAUCAAGAGUUCAAAGAGGAAGAGAAGCAACUCUGCAUCAGUCAGGAUGAAGAGCAUCUUGUGCUGAAACAGGAGACUGAUGACAUUUUGGUGAAUCCUCUUAAUGUGCAAAGAAUCCACAAUGAAACAGAACCACAGAGGAACCAACUCAUCUCUCAUGGCUCUGCUGAGGAUGAGAACCAGGAUCAGGAAGGCAGCAAUUCUGAGGACUCAGGAGAAAAGAGAAAGGAAGAACAGAAACAAAAGGAGAAAUAUGAGAAAACCAAAGAGCAGAAAGGCAGAACUGACACUUCAAAACAAAAACAGCACAAGAAAGCUCAUGCAGGGCAAAAAUUAUAUUCUUGUAAAAUUUGUGAUAAAAUCUUUUCUCAAAACAGUAACUUGAUGAGACACAUGAUAACUCACACAGGACAAAAACCUUUCACUUGUUCAACCUGUGGGAAAAGUUACAUACAAAAGGCUGGUUUAAUUUGUCACAUGAGAAUUCACACAGGUGAGAAGCCUUUCUCAUGUGUGACCUGUGGAAAAACCUAUGGCACCAAAAGAACUUUAAAUUGGCACAUUAUGAUUCACACAGGUGAGAAACCUUUCUCAUGUGUGACCUGUGGAAAAAGUUAUCGAAGGAAGUGUGAUUUACAGAGUCACAUGGUGAUUCACACAGGUAAAAAUCCUUUCUCAUGUGUGACCUGUGGAAAAACUUAUCGAAGGAAGUGUGAUUUACAGAGUCACAUGCAGAUUCACACAGGUGAAAAGCCCUUUACUUGUGUAAAUUGCGGAAAAAGCUAUCGAAGCAAAUAUCCUUUAAAUUGUCACAUGAGAAUUCACACAGGUGAAAAGCCCUUUUCUUGUGUAAAUUGCGGAAAAAGCUAUCGAAUGAAGUGUGAUUUACAGAGUCAUAUGAGAAUUCACACAGGUGAAAAGCCCUUUUCUUGUGUAAAUUGUGGAAAAAGCUAUCGAAGGAAAUCUAAUUUAAAUUGUCACAUGAGAAUUCACACAGGUGAGAAGCCUUUCUCUUGUGGGACCUGUGGAAAGAGUUUCAUCUGUAAAGACCAAUUAAAUGUACAUAUGAGAAGUCACACAGGUGAGAAGCCUUUCUCUUGUGGGACCUGUGGAAAAAGUUUCAUCUGUAUAGGCCAAUUAAAUGUACAUAUGAGAAAUCACACAGGUGAGAAGCCUUUCUCCUGUGGGACUUGUGGAAAAAGUUUCACCAAAAAAGACACUUUAAAAGUUCAUAUGAGAAGUCACACAGGUGAGAAGCCUUUCUCUUGUGGGACCUGUGGAAAAAGUUUCAUCUGUAAAGGCCAAUUAAAUGUACAUAUGAGAAGUCACACAGGUGAGAAGCCUUUCUCUUGUGGGACCUGUGGAAAAAGUUUCAUCUGUAAAGGCCAAUUAAAUGUACAUAUUAGAAAUCACACAGGUAAAAAGCCUUUCUCAUGUGUGACUUGUGGAAAAGGUUUUCGAAGCAAAUAUGAGUUACAGAGUCACAUGAAGAUUCACACAGGUGAAAAGCCCUUUUCUUGUGUAAAUUGCGGAAAAAGCUAUCGAAUGAAGUGUUAUUUACAGAGUCACAUGAGAAUUCACACAGGUGAAAAGCCCUUUUCUUGUGUAAAUUGCGGAAAAAGCUAUCGAAGCAAAUCUAAUUUAAAUCGUCACAUGAGAAAUCACACAGGUGAGAAGCCUUUCUCAUGUGUGACUUGUGGAAAAAGUUUUCGAAGCAAAUAUGAGUUACAGAGUCACAUGAAGAUUCACACAGGUGAAAAGCCCUUUUCUUGUGUAAAUUGCGGAAAAAGCUAUAAAAGCAAAUCUAAUUUAAAUUGUCACAUGAGAAUUCACACAGGUGAGCUUAAUUUCUCAUGAACAAGCUGAUAAAAGUUUUUUUUCUAUAAAUGGCAAAUAACUUAUCACAUGACGACUCACAGGUAGAAAGCCUUUUUCUUGUGUGACUUGUGAAGAAAGCUUCCGCAGCAAAUUUAGUUUAAAUCGUCACAUGAUGUUUCACCAGUGAGGAGCCUUUCUCAUGUAGCCUGUGGAAAAAGUUUCACUCAAAAAAAAAAAAAAGAGUUUAACUGUACAUAUAA